UUCUCAAGCUCGGUCAGCGUCGCGCUGAGCUCUUCACCCGCCUUGUUUGGUGGCGGCCACAUACGAUCGCUCUUCCUCUGCUGCUCCAGCGAACUUAGUCCUCACGAUCUGAACGACCUGAUAUAGGCUUUGCUUUCGUAGCGAGCUUACAAUCUCACCAAAAUGAGUCAAGAACUCGAUCCCACUCAGCAGUCGUUUUAUGACGAGACGGGAUAUGGUCUUGAAGAAGAGGAAGACGAGGAAGAGCCCGAGGAUAUCACACAGGAAGAUUGCUGGACCGUCAUCUCUAGUUUCUUCGCCCAAAAGGGUCUCGUCCGGCAGCAGCUCGACUCAUUCGACGAAUUUGUCCAGAAUACGAUGCAGGAGCUGGUGGACGAGAACGCAGACCUCAUUCUCGACCAGAGUGACCAGCAUACUGGACAUGAAGGCGACGUCAAUCGCCGGUAUGAAAUCAAGUUCGGGCAGAUCUACUUGUCGAGGCCGACGGUCACGGAGGCGGAUGGUUCGGUCGUCCCUGUGUUCCCGCAGGAGGCACGGUUGAGGAACCUGACGUACUCUGCACCGCUGUAUAUCGAGAUGAAGAAGCGGGUGCUGAUUGGGAGGGAGGACCCGACACCGGAGCAGGACGACAACCCGGAGGACACGAGGAAGGUCUGGAUUGGCAAGGUGCCCAUCAUGCUGCGGUCUUCCUUCUGCAUUCUGUACGAACUCGCCGACUCGGAGUUGUACGACCUCAACGAAUGUCCUUUCGACUCCGGAGGAUACUUCAUUAUCAACGGCUCGGAGAAAGUCUUGAUUGCGCAGGAGCGUAUGGCCACGAACCAUGUCUACGUAUUCGCGAAAGCACAACCUUCGCCCAUUAGCUUCCUUGCGGAGAUCCGUAGUGCGGUAGAGCGAGGAGGGAAGACUAUCAGUCAGUUCCAGGUCAAGCUCUAUCACCGCAACCAGAGCCUGGGGAACGUGAUGAAGGCGACCAUUCCUUACAUCAAGGUCGACAUUCCCAUUUGGGUCGUCUUCCGUGCCCUUGGAGUGAUCUCCGACCGAGAUAUCCUCGAACACAUCUGCUACGACAUGCAGGACGCGCAGAUGCUCGAGAUGCUGAAGCCGUGCAUCGACGACGGCUUCGUGAUCCAGGAUCGCGAGGUCGCGCUGGACUUCAUCGGCAACCGUGGCACAACUACGGGUCUCAACCGCGAGCGCCGUCUGCGGUACGCGCAGGAGAUCUUGCAGAAGGAGAUGUUGCCGCACGUCUCGAUGGCAGAGGGUUCGGAGUCGAAGAAGGCGUACUUCUUUGGGUACAUGAUACACCGACUGCUCCUGGCUGCUAUGGAGCGGAGAGAUCUGGACGACCGUGACCACUUUGGCAAGAAGCGGCUGGACCUCGCUGGGCCCUUGCUCGCCAACCUGUUCCGCAUGCUGUUCCGGAAACUUACAAAGGACGUCUACCGGUACUUGCAGAAGUGCGUCGAGACACACAAGGAGUUUAACUUGAACCUCGCUGUCAAGCAUAACACGAUCACAAAUGGACUAAAGUACUCCCUUGCCACUGGCAAUUGGGGCGACCAGAAGAAGUCUAUGGCGUCGAAGGCUGGUGUGUCGCAGGUGCUGAACAGAUACACCUACGCGUCCACGCUAUCGCACUUGCGUCGCUGUAACACCCCGCUGGGACGAGAGGGAAAGAUUGCGAAGCCUCGUCAGCUUCAUAACACUCACUGGGGUAUGGUCUGCCCAGCGGAGACGCCAGAAGGACAGGCUUGCGGUCUCGUCAAGAACCUCUCACUCAUGUCAUGUAUCUCCGUCGGCUCGCUCUCUGCGCCCGUCAUCGAGUUCUUGGAGGAGUGGGGUCUGGAAUCGCUGGAGGAGAACGCUCACUCUGCAACGCCAUGCACGAAGGUCUUCGUGAACGGUGUAUGGAUGGGUGUACACCGUGAUCCAGGGAACCUCGUGAAGACGAUCAAGAAGCUUCGCCGCAAGGACGACAUUAGUCCUGAAGUCUCGGUAGUGCGCGACAUCCGUGAAAGGGAGCUUCGACUCUACACGGACGCCGGCCGUGUGUGCCGCCCGCUGUUCAUCGUGGAGAAUCAGCAGCUGCUCCUCACGAAGAAGCACAUACAAUGGAUCAACAACGGAAAGGACGCCGACGACGCCGAUUUCAAGUGGGAUUCGCUCGUGAAGAGUGGAGUGAUUGAGCUCCUUGAUGCCGAGGAAGAGGAAACUGUCAUGAUCUGCAUGACCCCAGAUGAUCUGGAGAACUCCAGGUUGCAGUCGCACGGUGUCGACCCUCACGCUAAUGAUGGCGAGUUUGACCCUGCGGCUCGGCUGAAGGCGUCGACGAACAUUCACACCUGGACACAUUGCGAGAUCCACCCUAGUAUGAUCCUUGGUGUGUGCGCUAGUAUUAUUCCUUUCCCUGAUCACAACCAAUCUCCUCGUAACACUUACCAAUCUGCUAUGGGUAAGCAAGCCAUGGGUAUCCAUCUCACCAACUUCCUGGUCCGUAUGGACACGAUGGCGAACAUCCUGUAUUACCCUCAAAAGCCCCUUGCCACCACGCGUUCCAUGGAGUAUCUGCGAUUCCGAGAACUCCCCGCUGGCCAGAACGCUAUUGUGGCCAUUCUGUGCUACAGUGGUUACAACCAGGAAGACUCCGUCAUCAUGAACCAGAGCUCCGUCGACCGAGGUUUAUUCCGCAGUAUGUACUACCGGAGCUACAUGGACCUCGAGAAGAAGAGUGGGAUUCAGCAGCUUGAGGAGUUCGAGAAGCCCACGCGAGACACCACCCUCCGUAUGAAGCACGGUACCUACGACAAACUCGAGGACGACGGUCUUAUCGCGCCUGGCACCGGUGUCAAUGGCGAGGACAUCAUCAUCGGCAAGACUGCCCCUAUCCCUCCAGAUAGUGAAGAGCUCGGACAGCGGACGCGGAACCAUACAAGACGGGAUAGUGGCAUUAUUGACCAAGUGCUGAUCACAACGAACGCAGAGGGGCAGAAGUUCGUCAAGAUUCGUGUCCGCUCCACGCGUAUUCCGCAGAUUGGCGACAAGUUUGCGUCUCGACACGGUCAAAAGGGUACCAUCGGUAUCACGUACCGCCAGGAGGACAUGCCGUUCACCGCUGAAGGUAUAACGCCUGAUAUCGUCAUCAACCCCCAUGCUAUCCCGUCGCGUAUGACAAUCGGACAUUUGGUCGAGUGUUUGCUCUCAAAGGUUGCCACACUUAUCGGAAACGAAGGCGAUGCGACGCCCUUCACCGAUCUGACCGUCGAGUCCGUCUCCCAAUUCUUGCGGCAGAGGGGCUAUCAGUCGCGUGGUCUGGAGGUGAUGUAUCACGGACAUACCGGUCGCAAACUGCAGGCCCAAGUCUACCUCGGGCCCACGUAUUACCAGCGUCUCAAGCACAUGGUCGACGACAAGAUCCACUCUCGUGCUAGAGGACCGGUACAGAUCCUCACAAGGCAGCCCGUCGAGGGUCGUAGUCGUGACGGUGGCCUGCGGUUCGGAGAGAUGGAACGUGAUUGUAUGAUCUCGCAUGGCGUCGCAGCGUUCCUCAAGGAACGUCUGUUCGAAGCGAGCGAUGCCUACAGGCUACAUGUUUGCGAUAUAUGCGGUCUCACCGCCAUCGCUAACCUCAAAAAGCAAACCUUCGAGUGUCGGUCAUGUAAGAACAAGACAGCGUGUUCGCAAUUGUACAUUCCUUACGCAGCCAAGUUGCUGUUCCAGGAAUUGCAAAGCAUGAACAUUGCUGCUCGCUUGUACACCGUGUCCACAGGACGCAUCAGGGACUAGGUUGCUCAGUGCUCGUGGACACUCCUCGCUUUCGUUCUAGAGCUAUCUUGCAUGCAUGUAUACUACAGAUGUCGUAUAAUUUAACGAAUGUUGUUGAGACACUACAU